GUUGUAAAGAAGAAACUUAUAAUGAGUCAAGUUAGUAAUGUGAGAAAAGAAGAAUAGCUGGUUAUCCAGAGCUACCCCAAGGUUAUGUGUAGUAUGGUAGGACUUCUCCAGAGAGAUCUUGACAUGUGGAUGCAGCUCCAGGGAUAUUUAGCAGCUAAUAAAUAGAUUCAUUUCGAGCAUUUUCAGUUCUCCCAGUAUAUUACUCUCGAUGCGGUAUUACAUGCUUUGUAAGCUCUUUGCAGACCAUGGCUUCAGUAGUCGGAUGAUGGAGAUGAAGAAAAUCUUACAGAAACAGCUGAUCUUUAUUUGGAGUUAAUCAGAAUCACUUCAUUGAUUACAGGUUUAUGAUCAUUUCUUUUGAACAUGAGUUUGAGUGUGAUACACAUGACCCACUAUAGAAGGGUGUGUAUACUUAUGCAAUCUGGCUACUGUACGUUUUUUCUUUUUUUCCCUGCUCCUGAAAUGUUUUUAUUUCUUUUUCAAGAGUUAACUUGAUGCAACUUUUUUUUUACAUCACAAGAAUCCACAAUUUUAACAGGGUUGUGAAAACUGUUUCUUUCUGUCUGUCGAGCUGCUCUGUCACAUGCAGAUGUGCACAGAUCAUGUGAUUGCUGAAGGUCAGCUGCUCUGACACUCAUCACGCAGAUGUCAUGUGAGGGUUAACCGGCUCUCCAGUAGGGGGCAGUAAUGCUCCUGCCAUAAACAAGAGAAAAGUGGAAAUAAAAAAAGAUAAAGUAAAAGUGAAUUAAGGGAAACUGCGUGUUGCAGCAGGAACAGCAGGGAUACUAGUUUUUGUAAUUUAACAAUACAACCUGUUGGAUUUGUUCAGUUGUUUCCACGAGAAACAGAAAGGCUGGUGUGAGGAACUCUGUCCAAGACCUGUUCACUGGAAAAGCGAGAUGUUUCACAGCUGCUGGAAAAAUGCUCAGAAAGAAACGAGACUUCUCUCCUUUGUAUUUACAUCUUGGUUUGCUAACAGUGUUGAUUCUCGGAACAUAUCUGCCCGAGUGGGAAUCACAGUUGUCCUGCCGUGUGAAUUUAACGCCACCUCUGUCCACGGACUGUAUGUUCGGUGGUAUAUCCAUUCUGAGGUUGUGUUUGAGCGAGUGGGUAAGGAUUCAUAUGAGGGUGAGGGAUACGAGGGCCGUGUGGACGUUCCUGAAGACGAGCUGUGUAAAGGAAACUGUUCUCUGGUGCUGAAGAACGUCAGUGUUGCUGAUGCAGGACACUACAGAAGCUACCUGAAGAGGUUUAUUCAGAGUGUUGAGCUCUCAGUCGAUGAAACUCCAAAAAAGCCUACUGUCACAGGUGAGCACAUAUUUCACCUAAAACUGAAAUCCCACAGAACUAAACUUUUAGCAUAAAGCAACAUAAAGCAGAUGAGCUCAGUGCACACUUUUAAAACAAACUGAAAAUGCAUCUUUUUAAUUCUUUAAUAUUAAGUGUGCUUUUUUUUUUUGCUAUUUAUUGUUUCAUUUCAUUUAUCACAUUUAUUUCAAUUUUAUAUUUAUUUAAUUAUAUAUGGGGUAUUAAAAUAAUUUAUAAUGUUCAUAGCAGAAUUUGUAGAAUAUGGUACUGCAUAUAUAUCUACAAUUUUCUUUUUUAUGCUAGAGUUCAUACGCAAUUUUUAGACUUUGUAGUUUUAAAAAUCUAUAUAAUUCUGAUGACCUCUAAAUGAAUUUAGUUAAAGUUCUGUAGAGAUUCACUUCAAAAUGUGAAAACUCAGUGGGGGAGGGGGUGAAUACUUUCUGCAGGCACUGUAUACAGUAUACAGUGAGGGGAAGUAAUUAUUUGGAACUUUUUGUUUUUGAAUUACAGUUAUGAAUUUGUCUCCCUCCAGAUGACGCAGGAAUGAACUCUCCUCAUCCGCCGGUGAUUGUCUUGUCCCUUCUCUCAUUUUUACUCGUCCAUGUCUUUGGUAGGGAGUUAAAAUCCUCGCAGGUGCACAUGUAGUGAAAACUCUGAGACAGACAGACAGACAGACAGACAGACAGACAGGCAAAUACUGUACAACUCUUCUGGGAGGAAAAUCUUUCUUUGUAAAGUUUACGAUGUUGAACCUGGUGUAAUGAUCUACCAAACUUCACUUAAGCUGAUGAAGUAGAGGAUCAGAUGGGUUUGAGGAUUUAUUACCUAAAGAAAGCAUUAGGCUCUGUGUAUGCUACAUUCAUUGACUUUUUUUUUACUUGUUUCACCACAUAACCUCUAGAAAUUAGAGAUGGCACUGAUCCAAUACCCAGGAUCAGUAUCGGGCUGAUACCAGCAAAAAAAAAAAAAAAAAAGGAUAUUGGAGAAAAAAAAGAUGAACUUGAUCCGAUCCGGUAACAAAUGGAAAAGAUUGGAAUUGGAGUUAGAAGAGGUUUUUUUUUUUUUGUUAUUGUAAAUGUUUACAUACAAAGAGACUUGAGUUUUUAGGAUUGAUUUUUUUAAUUAUAUUUACAGCAUAUAAUUUAUUAUAUUUACAGUAUAUAAUUAUUAUAUUUGUGUAAAAGUGCCGGUUUAUUGUUGAAGUAUAAAUAUAAAGCUUAGUAGCUUUUAAAGAAUAAAAAUAUGGGCUAUCGGCUGAUACUCAAGGUUUGAGUAUUGUGAACCUAAACAGAAGACGUGGUAUUGUGCCAUCUCUAAUAGAAAUAAAUAUUUAUGAACCCGCGUCACUGCAGUAGUUUAGAGUGUGAACAGAGUCAAGCUGGAUGUUCUGCUCUUCUACAGAAUAUUCUCUGGUUACUAAGCUAGCUGUAACUCUGGCUAGCUGUUCUUCAGUUUGCGACACACAGACCCAUGAAUGGUAUCUUUGUUUAUGCACUGUAUAUAUCAGUGACACUAUGAUGUGUAAGAAAUUAUCGGAAGCUGUGCUUUCCAUAACUGAUCGUUUGCUAACGCUCAGCCACUGUAAGCACUGUUUAGCGCUGUUCUCUGACAAGCUUUCAGGAGCUCAGAUUAGUGUGGGCUUCUUGUAAAUCAGACAACCGACAUCCCAACAGACUUUGAUGAGAGAAGAGUUGGAGGAUUUAGAUUAAACCAAGCAAACCACAGAAUUACCAGUUAAACCAGUCAAAUGUACCAGACGACACAUGUCUCUGGCUAGCUAGCAGAUCUCACUAAUAAAGUCUGUUAUCGUAAUCUCAUUCGGUAUCAUAAAUGAAAGUAUUUAAUAAUAACCAGUUCCAACAUUCUCACUAAAUCAUACAGUCCAGUCCUUUCCAGUGAAUCAGAACAUUUGACUCAUCUCAUCAAUGUGAAUCGAUUAUUUCCGGUUCCUGCACGGCUUAUUGUCGUUUCCUUUAAACCUAAAAAAAAAAAAAAAAAAAAAGUUUGCAGGAAUAUGACAAGUGAUCGUUCCUCUUAGCUUAACUGUGAAUGAUAAUGCUUCGUCAAAUCGGACACGACCUUAUCUUUAACAGUUAUUUUUAAUCAUGUAGUUUUAUCUCCGUUAGUUAGUUACAUUUAUAUAGAGCUUUUCUAGACACUCAAAGCGCUUUAUAUGGGGGGUGGAUCUCCUCAACCACCACUAGUGUGUAGCAUCCACCUGGAUGAUGUGACUGCAGCCAUAGUGCACCAGAACACCCACCACACACCAGCUAUUAGUGGAGAGGAGAGAGUGAUGUAGCCAACUACUCUUUACCAUAAGUGUCCUGGGAUUUUUAAUGACCACAGAGAGUCAGGACCUCAGUUUAACAUCUCAUCAGAAAGACUGUGGUGUUUGUACAGUAGUAGUGUCCCCAUCAUUGUACUGGGGCAUUAGGUCCCACACAGACCACAGGGUGAGCGCCCCCUGCUGGACUCACUAAUACCAUUUCAAGCAGCAACCUUAGUUUACGCCAAGAGGUCUCCCAUCCAGGUACUGACCACACUCAACCCUGCUUAGCUUCAGUAGCGAAACCAGGAAACUGCAGGGAGAUAUGACUAUCUCUGUGUGAUGUAAUUAUAACAUACCAAGAGACUGGAAACCUUUUUGUCCAUUUCUCUCAGAAAUGAUCGUUCUCAUAUAAAACACAAUAGUAAAUGUGGCACUUGAAAGUUUGUCAGACAUAGCAACGGUAACCAAUGGGGCGGGGCUUAGGAAACGACAAUGAUGACAUUCAUACUGUCGAAAUGAUCAGCAUUGCUGUAAAGGAAAACUAUCACAAGGUGACUGUGUAGAUCAGUGCAAAUUCAUCAGAUGAAAUACAGGCUUGAGCAAAGAUUGACUUUUAUAUUGUUUUAUUUUAUGUUGAGCCGAAUCUUCCAUAAUGUGAAGUUAAUGGAGUUGGUGGUAGUUUUUUUCUACCAGUGUAUGUAUAUCAAGAGGAGUGUCUCAUUUUAAUGGAAAAAAAUACAUUUACAAAACAUUUUUUAAAUAAAAUAUGUAUAUUUUAA